AUGCCACUCAACUUGAAUGAUCUGCGAUCGCCAACCCCCAUCUCCAUUUCAGAACCUCUAGUUGACGCGCCCACCACACCAGAUCUCAACACGCCCCCAAAUCGAUCACCACACAAGAAAUCAGCUACAACAGUGACAUCGAAUGGAGAUUCACAUGAUCAUUCUAAACCACCAGCAUCAUCAAACACGCGUUUCACUGACUCAUCCAUUACCGAAACCACAGCUCUUCCAGAUAGAAAACCAUCUACAAUUCAACCUUCACCACGAGAAAAGCCUUUCUCAGCCACCAUCUGGAAUGACCAUCUGAACGAGACCACCACACCACUAUCACCAUCACUGUUACCUUCAGCAACAUCACUGUUCGGCAUCGCAUCCUUCAAUGGAACCUCCCCCUUUUCGGAUUUCAACACUCCCGUCACACAAUCUCCAUCGCAAGAUCACCUAGUUACAGUUCCCCACCUGAGCGACAACACUAACCCCACUAGACGUUCCGUACCUCCAACAACAGACACACAAUACUCCAUCUUAACAUUUCAAGAAGCCACAGAUGCCCCCAACACAAACAAUUUCCCACCAGAAUACAUCCCAACUCCACUGACUUCCACAAAACUUCUUGAGAGUAGUGCAAAGUCACUCCUCUUCACUGGAGAAUUCCCCUUCUUCCACCAGGCAAACGUGAUUGGACAUCUAUAA